AUGGCUUUGUUGGUGUCGGCGAUUCUCCUGCAUCAUGCAUUCUGGACCAUCUUCCUCCUCCCGCUGACCGCGCUCGUCCUGCGCUGCCUCUACCGCAUCUCUCCUCUCCAUCCGCUCUCCCGCGUCCCCGGCCCUCUCCUUCCUCGCAUCUCUUCGCUAUGGCUGACCUACCACGCGUGGGUCGGCGACGAGGCCACGGUCGUUGAGGCCCUGCACCAGAAAUACGGCCCCAUUGUGCGCAACGGCCCCAACAGCGUCGACAUUUCUGAUGGGGCCGCGCUGGCCACCAUCUACACCGAGCGCGGGGGCUUCGUAAAGCCGGCCUUCUACGAGAACUUUGCGCUGCCCGACGCGACGCAAGUCCACAACUCGAUCUUCUCCGAGGUGGACCCCUCGAUCCGUGCGCCGCGCGCGAAGGCCGUCGCCGUGCUGUUCUCGACCGCGAGCCUGAGGCAGAGCCAGGACGUCAUAUACAAAUGCGUGGAUCGGUUCGUGGAGCGCCUGGCCGAGGGGAAGAGACGGAGCGAGCAGGGCGGCGGGGGCCCGUUGAAUGUCCUCAACUUGACGCGAGGACUGGCUGUCGACGCCGUCACGUCGUAUCUCUUCGGCACCAGCUACGGCGGCCUCAACGAGAAGACGUCGCACCAGCAUCGUGAGGAAAAGACCACCGUGCAGCGCGAGCUGGCCGAGCCCAUGAGUGCCGCCGGCAUGGUUGAUUGCUUCGUCGCGGUCGGCCGGUUCUGGUACCUGCCGAACUGGGCGUUCAAGAUGGUCGAGUCGCUGGACGCCUGGUGGAACGCGGACGAGGAAGUGUCGCAGAGUCUGGCGCGGGUGGACGACUUUGUCGCCCGUGUGGUCCGCGACGCGGAAACCGCCAUCGAAGAGGCGUCGCGGUCUGCCGAGAAGAAGACGGCGCCCUCGAGCAGCGGCCAUCCGUUGACGUCGUACCCGGCCCGUCUCCUGCAGGCCGGGUUCACGCCGUCCGAGACACGUGCGCAGUGCAAGGACCUGAUCUUCGCGGGCACCGACAGUACGGGGAUGAACCUGGCCACGAUCCUGUUCAUGCUGGCGCGCCACCCGGCGUGCUACGAGAAACUACGUGCCGAGGUGCGGGCGGCGCAACACCCGGGCUUUGACGACCUGCAGACGCUGCCCUACCUGCGCGGCGUGAUCAAGGAGGGCCUGCGCCUCUCGAUGGCCAACCCGUCACGCCUGCCCCGCGUCGUCCCGCCGGGCGGCUGGACGUUUAAGGACACGUACUUCCCCGCCGGUACCGAGGCCAGCUGCACGCCGUACUCGCUGCACCUGAACCCGCGCGUCUUCCCGGACCCGCACGCCUUCCGGCCUGAGCGCUGGCUCGACCCCUCGGACGAGAUGCUCCGCGACGCCAUCCCCUUCGGCCUAGGCAGUCGGCAGUGCAUCGCCCGCAACCUGGCCACCGUGGAGCUGUACUGCGCCGUCGCCCGCGUUGUCGAGGCGGAUAUCCUGCGCGGUGCCCAGACCCUGACACCCAACAUCAAGAUCCUCGAGUGGUUCAACAGCAAGGUUGUCGGGGAGAGGAUAGACUUGGUGUGGGCGUAG